AUGGACUCCAAAUGGGAAACCGAAAAAGGCUUUAGCCCUAACAUCACCACCACCACCGCCACUACCUCCCCUUCAUCUCCCUCCCACAACGCUCAUGAACGCUCCAAUUCCGUAUCCACGACAGCAGUCUCAUCAGCAUCAUAUCUUUCAUCAAGAGAUGAGUUUGAAUAUCUCUCGCAGGUCCCAACGUCCCAUUCUCACCGGGUCAUUGGCGCCGAACUCAAUCCCGAGGCUCUAGAACGGAUCGCCACCCAGAGAAGUCAACACAAUGCCACUGUCGGUGCAAGCAGCAGAAGAACCAGGGAAGAGGCCGGUCCUCUCCCUGAUUUCGGCGCUGGCAAGCCCUAUCCUCCGCCUCUCCCGGACAAGGAGGAAUAUGUCGUUGAAUUCGCCGGUCUGGAAGAUCCCUUGCACCCGCAGAACUGGCCGACCAAAAAGAAACUUCUCACCGCGUGCAUUCUCUCAUGGACUACGCUCAACUCGACCUUCACGAGCAGUAUCUACUCGGCCGCCAUCAGCACCGUAUCUCAUCAAUUCCACAUCUCCAGCGAGGUCAGCACGCUAGGUCUCUCACUCUAUGUCCUCGGUUUCGCCAUGGGUCCGAUCUUCUGGGCGCCCUUUUCGGAAUUAAAAGGUCGUCGACCACCGCUAUUGCUGUCCAUGUUCGGGUUCACCAUUUUCCAGUUCGCCGUCGCCACGGCCGAGAAUGUGCAGACCAUCAUGUUGUGCCGCUUCUUUGGUGGGUUCUUCGGUGCAUGCCCGCUGGCCGUGGUCGCCGCCGUCCUCGCCGACAUGUACAACAACCGUGUCCGCGGUCUCGCCAUCGUCGUCUUUGCCAUGACCGUCUUCACCGGUCCUCUGAUCGCAUCCACCGUCGGCGGAUUCAUUGUCCAGGGUCUCGGAUGGCGAUGGACUGAGUACCUCACCGGAAUCAUGGGGGCUUCAGCCCUCGUGAUCGAUCUCGUCCUGCUCCACGAGACCUAUCCACCCAUCAUCCUCGUGCACAAGGCUGCCGAGCUGCGUCGUCGCACCUCAAACUGGGGGAUUCAUGCCAAACAGGAAGAAAUUGAGGUCGACUACCGCGAGCUUGUCCAGAAGAACCUUCUUCGCCCCAUCAAGCUGCUUUUCCUCGAACCCAUCGUCCUCUUCCUGAGCAUCUACAUGGCUUUCCUCUAUGGUCUUCUCUACCUCUUCCUCACUGCGUAUCCGAUCGUCUUCCAAAACGUGCAUGGCUUUGCCCCCGGCGUGGCUGGCCUCCCCUACUGGGGGCUGGUGGUUGGCGAAAUCUGCGGAGGUCUCUACAUCAUCCUCACGCAGCCAUCGUACAACCGCAAGCUUGACGCGAAUCAUGGAGUUCCCAUUCCGGAAUGGCGCAUGCCCCCGGCCAUUGUUGGCAGUGUCGCCUUUGCGGCGGGACUGUUCUGGUUCGGUUGGUCUGGCUGGAAGGCGCAGAUCCACUGGGCUAUUCCCACGGCGUCUGGCUUGUUGAUCGGAUUUGGUCUUUUCUGCAUCUUCCUGGGUGCCUUCAACUAUAUCAUCGACGCUUAUACAUCCUUUGCCGCUUCAGCCCUCGCAGCAAACAGUAUUCUCCGCUCCUCCGCCGGUGCAGGAUUUCCUCUUUUCGCCCCUGCAAUGUUCAAAUCCCUCGGCGUCAACUGGGCAAGCACUCUACUAGGCUGCAUCGCCGUACUCAUGAUUCCCCUUCCAAUCAUCAUCUACAUCUACGGGAACAAGAUCCGCUCCAAGAGCAAAUUUGCCACUGUGCAUUUGGCCCUAGAUACCGAGACCACGAAAUGUGAUGCUUGA